GACAAUAAAAACAAGGCGAAGCCUCCUCCCAGUCGGCAGCAUCUCGGCUCCAGUCAAGGACGGGCGAGCGGGGGGAGCCUUCACGACCUGGACGCCUGGGACCGGCAUGUAGCCGCCGCCAUGCCGCCACCCUGCAUCCGUGUGCUGCUGCUGGUCUCGGGGCUGGCGCUGUGGGAGGCCCGGGCCAAGUCUCUGCCGGACCACGGGCCGUUCGAUGUGCAAAUAAAAGUCCAGGUGUUCGACAACAGUGACCUGUCCCCACUGGCAGACGCGCAGGUGGAGGUCCAUGGAAAUGGGAGCCUCUUGGCCACCAGCCGGGCGGGCAGCGACGGCGUGGUGAGAGUGACCUUCCCGUACCGCGCAGGCACCUGGGUCAUCAUCAGCGCCUCCAAGCGGGACUACGUCACCAACUCGGUGCCCUGGCACUCCAGCCGCAUCCCCUUGUACGCAGCGGUCAGCCUGUACCUCCUGGUCCAGAGGCCGGGAACGCUGAUCCUCUACGACGAUGUCCUGCAGGUGCUGUCCGGGUCACCAGGAGCUCCCAACCAGCCCCUGGUGCAGCUCCAGAGGAAGUCCAUUCAGCUGCCAUCCAGCUCCAACUACACGGCCCUGUCUGCUGCCCUGACCACAGCCAGGAGCCAGUACGAGAUGGGCGGCUUCCCUUUCCUCCUGGGCCAGGAGACCAACAGCUCUGGUGCAGAGACGGGGUGGACAGACCUGACAGCGCUGGCCGUGGUCAGCGUUCAGCUCUUUGACAAAGAUGGCAGUGCAGUCAAGCUCUCAGACCCGAUCCACAUAUCUGUACCACUGCCCUCCGACACCCGCAACAGGGUGGCCACCAGUGUCCCUGCAUGGCUGUAUCAGCCAAGGACGGGACUGUGGGUACGGAAUGGGACGGGAUACAUCAAAAAGGACGGCAGCCAGUUCAUGUGGACCGUAGUGGUUCCUCAGAUGGGGUACUGGCUGGCGGCCUUCCCCUCAUCUUCAGGUUUUGGUCUGUCUCAUCCAGGCUUUAGGGACAUCACCACCUACCACACCUUGUUCCUGCUGUCCAUCCUGGGUUCGCUGGCCCUCCUGGUGCUCAUCCUCCUCUGUGUGCUGCUCUACUACUGCAGGUGUGGGGAGCGUAGACAAAGGCGGAAGUGUUUAAAGCCUCGCAGACAGCAAGGCAAACCCCACAUGUCCAACCUCAACGGAGCUAAGAGAGACCAGGGCACAUCAACGUCCCGCCUGAACCUCAUCUGUGGAGGCCACGUGGAAUCCGGCCCUUCUAACGACAAGUCGGACUUGUCCCCGUCUCGGGACUACCAGAGUUCCAGGGAGGAGUUAACUAAGCAUGUUCCAGCUCACAUGCUGCGACACGCAAAGGGAAAGAACAGCUCCGGCUCGCAGCAUGGAGAGAGCUUCCCCAUGAAGGUCACGCGCGCCACAGAGACCAACAACCUGGACAACCCUCUGCUCCACGAAGACUACAACCGAAGCUACAGCCCCAAGGAGGGCAAGGAGUCUGAAUACCACCGGCACCACAAUGCCAACGACAAUCGAGGAUACUCAUCCGAUCCCCCGUCUCCUCCACGCUUCCAGGGCUACGUGCCGAGUCAGUCCGACAAGCCUCCGGAGUAUUCGGCGACAGCAGCAGACAGUCUUGCCAGACCUACCUCCCUCAACACCCAACCAGGUCAGAUCAUCUUCUGCAGCUCCAUCGACCAGAUGAAGGAGAACAUGUACCGGAGCAUGGUGCCCACCCUGGUGAUCCCAGCCCACUACAUGCGCCUACCAUCGGAGUUCUCCAAUAAGGAUGGCAAGGACCAGAAAGACCAGGACAAAGACGGCGCACAGAUGGGAGGGGGGCCGCAACAUCAUCACCACCACUCCCAGAAACAUGGCCAGCAGCAGCAGCAGCAAGGCGGGUCCCAGGGAGACGAUUCCGAGGAGCCGAGCUGGGCAUCCGACUCCUCUGGUGGCGCCGUGACCAUCCCAGUCCUCUUCAACGACUCCACCAUGGCUCAGAUGAACGGAGAGCUGCAGGCUCUGACUGAGAAGAAGCUGCUGGAACUGGGUGUGAAGCAGAACCCGCGGGCGUGGUUCAUCUCCCUGGACGGACGCAACAACGCUCACGUGCGCCACUCCUACAUCGACGCUGGGAAUGACCUCAGCGGUGGUGGAUUCGGAGGCGGCUCUACUAGUGCUCCCCGAGACGUCAACCUCGAGCCACCGCUGGAGUCCCAGGAGCGAAAAUCAGCUGUCGGCCGGAAGGGUAAAGAUGAGCGCUGGGGGACCGGCGGGCGGAUGAGCCACGGCAUCAGCAGCGGCGCUGGGAAGAGCUACUCCAAACUAGCCUACCCAGACCACAGCGAGCCCAGCAGCAGCGAGGGACGCCCGGUUUCCCCCGAGGAGAAUUCCCUCACUCCUCUCCUAGAUGAAGGGCCAUCCUCGCGAGGGUCCACUAUCCCCAGGCGAGGACGCAGCCGCAUGAACAGCAGCCGCAGCAGCAACAGUGAGAACCGGCGUGACUCCAUGACCAGUCCUGAGGAUGAUCCUGAUGACAAAGAUGAGAACAAAAAAAGCCCUUGGCAGAAGAUCGAAGACAGGCCUCUCAUGGUCUUUCACCCCAGGAAGUGAGCCAUGUGGACUUAUUGAACACUGGACCUGUACCAGUCUGUUCAGUUGGGAAUCUUCAGAUCACGCAUGACAGAUGAGUGACGUGUCCUCUGACAAAGAUCUCAAUAAGCACAACUAUUGCUUUUCUGGUCCAUCUUCAGGUUGCGGUGAGCCUUGGGGCUGGUGCUGGGGCUCUCGCGGUCACCUCCUCCAACCACGUUAAUCAAGCUGAACCUGUUCACUUGGUCGUGCAUCCUGCCCCCCGUCACAUCACUGAACCGUCGUCUGAGCCAUUGCUUAUACCCAGUGUGGAUUUAACCAUUUUAUAAAGCAAAAUACAAAAAAAAGCACUUACAGAUCAUUUGAUAACUAAUUAGUACGUAGCAAAUGUUUGGGCACAUAUAGGGCUGGGCGAUAUGGACCAAAAGUCAUAUCUCGAUAUUUUCUAGCUGAAUGGCGAUACUCGAUAUAUAUCGAUAUUUUUUCUGUGACAUAAUUGGGGUUUCCCCCAAAGCAUUAUAGCAUAGCAUCUCUGUUAGCUUCAUUUUUUUCUGAUGGAAACCCUUAAAAAAACAGUCAGUUUUAAUACAAAGCCUUGUGCUAAAUGUCACACAGGUACAUUUAUUAACAGAGGUCUGCACAAUAUCAAAAUGUAUAAAACAAAUGAAAUAAAAAUAAACUGCCUGCAUAUAUAGAAUAAAAAUGCUUCUUGAAUAAAAUAAAACAAAUAUCCCUUUCCUGCAUAACAAUUAAAUUAAAAUACACUGUGCAAUUAAUACAAUGUAGACAGUAACAGGCAGACUUUUCCACUGAGGUUGACAGUUGUGCAAAUGACAAAACAUUUGUGCAAAUCUCAAAUAAAACAUUCAAGUCAAUUUGUCACAAAAUAAGCUACAUCAAAAUUGUAAAAAAAAAAAAAAAUGUUUUUUUUUUAAUAAUCGAUAUAAACGAUAUUGUUUCGUACCAUAUCGCGUUUGAAAAUAUAUCGAUAUAUAUUAAAAUCUUGAUAUAUCGCCCAGCCCUAGGCACAUAUAACAUUUUUAUGGGAUGAAUCAGAUUCCUCUUCUGGAAUUAUUAUACACAACGGCAUAACUUCUGAGUUGUUUCUUUGAGACUAGAAUUUGUUUUAUUUCAAUGAAGCAGCUCCCGAAUAGUUUGCAAACCUACCAGUUUUGCAGUUUUUUUUUCAAUUUGCAUUUUGCUCCUUCAGAGAUGUACUUGAUGUCCUCCUCCACCUGUACCAUACCAAUGUGUUGUACUACAUUAUUUAGACAGCCAUGAUUUGAAAAUUUGAGCCUCAUCUUCAGCUGAUUCUUUCAGUCACUGAUUUAUCACAGUGACCUCCUGAACCGUUCUGCCAAAAGUUUGCAUUUCUGCCUUUCUUCUGUUGAGAUUCUUUUUAUCCAGCAGACUUUUUCAUGUAAAUAGACUCCAAGAAAUUUGAGAGACCAUUUGUGAUAAGAAGGUUGCAUGCAUAUGAAUGUAUGAAAUUCACAGAAGGCACCAAAAGCCCCACCCCUAUAGUUCUUUGGGUUAGUACCUUGCCAAACCCUUACCGCCAAGAAAUUUGUGUAAGUCAGCCAAACAACCACUUUACUUGAAGAUUCACUGAGAUCCACACGGUUGUUUCUCUGCUGUAAGUGCCUUCUUUCACAAAGUAUCGAGUGAUAGGCAUGCCGUUUGAAAUGCAGUUAGUUGUCACCUAAACCACAUCGUCAAGACUGGCAGGUAUUAAAAAGCACACUGGAUUUUGGGAACAACAGUAUGUGUCACUCUGGGGAGCAUGCCUGCCAAAACUAACGAGUUACUACGUGGCUACUCCAUCCUUGGAUAUAUCUAAAUUUCUUGUAUCUAUCCUCUUUUUCACCAAACCUGUAAAUGGUAGGAUGAAUUCUAUGAGAUUUUAUGUGUAUACUAUGUGCAUGUAACAAGUAGAAUAGAGUGUUUUUAAUGAAGCCUUUUUUGAAACAAUAAUAAGGUUUUUUGGCACCAAAUGUGAUUUACAGAUGUACUGAACUGUGUUGCCAAAUGGACUUGGGUAUAUAAAGAUACACUGUUUUAUCCCUUAAUCUUGCUCUAAUAAAUGUCACUUCCGGUCGUAAAUGUUUACAACAAUUACAUACUGACCAACAUGUUCCUGCUGUUAUUAGCAUCACUGCCUAUGGCACAUCAACAACUGUGAACUUGAAGUUUGUUUUGAUUUGUGAUUCGUUGGAAAGUAGGUUCCCUAUGAAGUGAGGUGUUGGAAAGUCAUGCCGACAUAUUUUCACUGUUCGCUUGCUGUUCAUAAGCCUCUGUCACUUGCCUACAGUACAAUCUGAUGUAAACAAUGUCUGAAGAAUAAGUCAGCCAUGAAAUGAUCCCUGCUGAAACUUCGUGUCCACUGCUGUGAAUGUAGUUUUCCAACCAUCUAUGGAAUUAUUAUGAGUUGUGAAGUUGUGGUUUUCCUUGCUUGUAUUUUGUUCUCCAUAAGGGGUGUGUUUUUCUCUGUAGAUUUUGUGUUCUUGUUUCCCAGAGUACUCAUUCACAAGUGGUUCAUACAAGGACUGAAAGCCUUUCAUUUUAACCACUUCAAACGUGGCAACCACAUCUAUUGGAUGUCGAUCUGAGGGUGAGGAGGACUGAACUGUGGGCCUUCAUCCUGUGCAGCACAUCACCUGCAUCAUAAUCCCGGUCAGUUGUUUGUAAACUGUAAAUGGAUUUGUUUUUCUGUACAUGAGACAAGAUAGAAAUAAAUUUGUU